AUGAACUGGCGCGUUUCGACACUCUUUGAGAAGUGGAUGGAGCCGCUGGAGGCCCUCGCCUGGAAGAUCCAAGGCAGGCGAUACGACUCCGAUCGCGUUUGGUAUGCGUGGAAGGUGCUGAUGGAAAACCAUCCACACGACUCAAUCUGCGGCUGCUCGGUAUCCGAUGUGCAUCGCGAGGUCGACACGCGGUUCGCCAAGGCACGACAGGUGGGCGAACAGCUGGUGAGCACCGCCUUUGCCUCGUUCUUCCGCCACUUUGUGGACCCCCUUGAGGACUCUUUCCGCCGAAUCUUCGUGUUCAACCCCUCCAACUUCCCACGGGAACGCGAAAUCAUCUAUGCUCGGGUGGAGGGGAAACUCGAGAGGGGGCUCAAGCUCCAGUGCACCGAUGCGGCGGGCCAGCCCGUUCUCGUGCAAAUGCUGGAAGUGGUCAUGAAGCAAUGGACCUACGAAUUGCCCGAUGGCGGUUUCCGCAAGUCCGUCAAUAGAGCGCUUUACAAUGUGGCGGUGGAAGUGAGCGUGCCCGCUCACGGCUACGGCGUGUACACUUUCCGCUGGGUUCCCGUCGGCGCAAUGACAAGCGCCAACCCCGUGCUCGAGCGCCUGAUCGAGGAGGCCAAGGCCAACGAGGACAAGCAGCCGAAGGAGAAGGAGCGCAAGGCCGACUACCAUGGCGAGGGCGAUGAUGAUGAAGAAGAACUGGAAAAAUCGCCAGAGCCCGAGGAAGCUAGAGAGGACCGCGCCGGUGGCCGGCGCAAGCGAAGUCUGCUGUCGAUGGAAGAGGAGACGAGCGAGGCGGCCACGUCGCCAGUGGCGCCGCAGCGGAAGCAGAAGAUUAAGGGGAGCAAGCAGGCCUCGCCCGCCUCGCCCGCGAAAGCCGAGAGCAGCGCCGCCGCGCAGCCCACCAAGGGCGUGGAGCAGCGCUUCAGGGAAGCCGUGAACAAACCCGAAACCGCUGCGAGCCAGUCCCGCGCCCCCGCGACGACGCCGGGCAGCUCUGCUGCCAGCGCCGCCUGGUCCGUCGUCCAACAGCGGGCCGCCGCCGGCACUGAACAACCGUCGCCCGAGCCCGAGCCCGUCUUGCCGCCGGUCAUGGAGAACGAGCACCUCCUCGUCAACGUGCUCCCCAACGGCCGGCUGAGCAUCCAGCACAAGGACAGUACGUCGCCCCCUCCUUUCCCCCUUUCCCCCUAG